CACCGGCACGCGUGCGCCGAGUGCGGCAAGACGUACGCCACGUCGUCGAACCUGAGCCGCCACAAGCAGACGCACCGCAGCCUGGACAGCCAGCUGGCGCGCAAGUGCCCGACGUGCGGCAAGGCGUACGUGUCCAUGCCCGCGCUCGCCAUGCACGUGCUCACGCACAACCUGCGCCACAAGUGCGGCGUGUGUGGCAAGGCCUUCUCGCGGCCCUGGCUGCUGCAGGGCCACAUGCGCUCGCACACCGGCGAGAAGCCUUUCGGCUGCGCGCACUGCGGCAAGGCCUUCGCCGACCGCUCCAACUUGCGUGCGCACAUGCAGACGCACUCGGCCUUCAAGCACUACCGCUGCCGCCAGUGCGACAAGAGCUUCGCGCUCAAGUCCUACCUCCACAAGCACUGCGAGGCCGCCUGCGUCAAGGGUGCCGAGCCUCCCCCGCUGCCCCCCGCUGGCCCUGCCAGCUGAGCCUCUCGCCCGGCCGGGGCGCCGGAACUUGCUCUCCACGCGCCCCGGGCCCCCCCACCUGCGCCCGCAGCGCCCUCUCCAACCCCCAGCUGCGUUUCCCUGCCCACGCCCCUCGCGGCGACCCCCAUCCUGGCCCGGAAGUUUGUUCUUCAGCCCCCAAACUCACACCUCACUUCUGGAACUGUCUCCCCCAGCGCGCCCUAUCCAUACCAUCCUUUCCUGUCACCUCUUGGACCUUGACUCCACUGUCCGCCUUCAAGGCUCCCAACUCAGGCACCAGGUCCGCAAGUCUCCCAGGUCCCCAUUCAGACCUUGCACCGCUCUUUCAGACCUUUCUUCUCAACAAAGUCUCUGACCAUUCCUCUCUUGAAGUCCCCAAAUCGAAGGCCUAAACCCACCCACGUCUGCCACAAUUUCCCCUAAUCACAUUAACUCAGGCCCGGGAAGAACACAGUCAACCCCAGGCCAUGCCCUGGGCCUCUCUGCUGGGUCUCCCUGUGUAUUUCCACCUGGGGAUCUAGUUUGAGAACCCUCCUUUGGGUCUCAGUCUGUUCCAUCCCCUCCAUGCCAGGGCCUUAGAUCUAGCUAUUCACUCACCCCCACCCCUUCCAUUUCUCACCUUUAAUCUUGGGGGGAUCCUCACCACUCAUCCCCACUUCCUGCUCUCCCGGGGAUCCCCUCCCUCUACAGCUCUCAUUCCCUGACUUUACCUAACCUAGAGCGGACCUGAGGGGCAGUUCAGGGCCCUGCCCCCUCAUGUAGCCCAUGUCCCCAGGACAACCCCUCCCUGGGCUUCAGCCUGGAGUUACCCACUCCCCAGAUUCUCUGAGCACUUUCCUCCAUCCCCAGGACUACAGGUACCCCUCCUUAUUUUCGGAAUGGGGGACGCCUGGAACACCUCACCAACGUCCCCAACCUUUGUCCAGCUGGGCCCUUCCAAUUAUUUAUUUGUGUAUUUAUUUAUCUAUUUAUUUAUCUAUUUAUUAUUCUCUUGGCCUCACCCAGGGACAGUCUGACUUCCCCAGCUGGACUGGGGGGGUCAGGGAACCAGGCAAGGAAAGGGACAGCAAAGGCUGCCCCUCCCCUCCACCACACACACACACACUCCUUCUGGUCUCGGGAGAAGCCCCACCCUCAUCAGAGCCUGCACUCAAUAAGGAAGAGGGCCCCAGAAUGAGAGGGGAACCUGCUGACCCUCAACUGGCAGGGAGGGGCGGGGAGGGGGCACCAGGAGAUCCUGUCACGGGGCAGGUCCCCGCCCUCCUGAGUCUUCCACUCCUGCCCCAGGGAGCCCGGAGAGAGGAGCCUCCUCGUUUUCUUAUUUAUUCCUCUUCUCGAGGGACCCCAGGUUCCAGGGACCGACUGAGCCCCGGACCCCUCUGGGGCCCGCUCCCCGGGAGGAGCGCUCUCUCCCGGCCACGUCUAUGCAACUCUCCCGGGCAGAGGGCCUAGGGCUGCCAGUCGCCCGCCCGUUGGCUGCCACUACCUCCUCCGCCGCGCUUUUGCAUGCCCGCGUGAGGACCGAAGCACACACCUCCACGCGCACGGGCCCUGGCGCCCUCUGCUUUAAGCACACGCCUCUGCCCCCUUCGCUCUGCGCCCAGCUUGCGGGCGAGUCCUGGACUCUCCCACCCCUCCCCCUCUCUAGCCGCAAAAGAGGGUGGAGACUGGCGCGGCCCCAGCUGCAGGGGCCCCUCUCCAGGGCUUCAGAGAGGUGGGCGGAGCUUUGUCCUGCUCCAGGCCCCCCGGGAAGGGAGACUGCGGGGAUGGUGGGAGAGAGAGGGGUCGCAGAAGCAAUUAUGGAGGGUGUUGACCCUGUAAAUAGGAACUUCUGACAGCAAUAAUUUUCCAUGCAUGCUAAGCCUUUUGGCCAUAUUUUGUAUGAGCGCUUGGCGCUCCCCCUCCCUCCCCCUCCAACUCAUCCCCAGACCCUCAUCCCUUGCCCACCUUCAGCAGUAUUACUUGUAACACAAUUCAGGGAUAUUAAAGGGACUUUGGCCACUUGC